AUGCGUCUGAAAAAUUUGUCUUUUGCCUUCGUGGCAUUGCUGCCGAGCCUAACUUCAGCCUUAACUGAGCAGUCGUCGAAAGAACUCAUUUUCGGCUCACAAGAUUUGGUAAGGACGCCAGACGAUGACGGUAAAUGUCCUCCCUGCUUCAACUGCAUGCUACCGGUGUUCGAAUGUAAGCAAUUUUCCCGGUGCAACUCUAACACCGGACGCUGUGAAUGCUUGGCAGGUUUCGGUGGAGACGAUUGUUCCAAGCCGCUAUGCGGUGCAUUGUCAGACGGCAAUGAUAACAGGCCACAGAGAGACAACGAGACUGAAAGAUGUGAGUGUGAACAAGGCUGGGGCGGCAUAAACUGCAACAUUUGUGAAAAUGACACCGUCUGCGAUGCUUUCAUGCCCGAGGGUCUGAAGGGUACGUGCUACAAGAACGGGAUGAUAGUCAAACAGUUUCACCAGGGUUGUGACGUCACAAACGCUAAAAUUGUACAGAUAUUGAAUGGCAAGAAGCCUCAGGUCACCUUUUCCUGCAGCAAGUCCUCUGGCGAGUGCAACUUCCAAUUCUGGAUUCAAGAAAUUGAAAGCUUUUACUGCGGUUUGUCGUCCUGCGAAUUCAAUCACGAUUUGAAGACGAACUCUUCGCACUACAAUUGCGAGUCAGUGCAGUGUAAAUGCGUGCCAGGGGAGAUGUUAUGCGGGCAGAGAGGCUCAAUUGACAUUUCAGAGUUUUUGACAGAAACUAUCAAGGGGCCCGGUGAGUUCACCUGUGAUCUGAAUUCGAAAAAAUGUAAGUUCAGCGAACCUAGUAUGAAUGACUUGAUUUCUACAGUUUUUGGAGAUCCUUACAUUACUCUCAAAUGCGAGUCAGGAGAAUGCGUUCACUACAGCGAAAUCCCAGGCUAUGAACAGCCUUCCAAGGACAAACUUUCCCUUUUCCACAUAAUUAUGCUCUCCGCUACGUCUGUCUUGUUUCUGUCACUCACAAUUGUUGCCAUAGUCUUUGUUUCAAAAAGCCCCUUUUUCAGCAGCCCACCUAUUCAUCUAGACGAUGACAAUGACGAUGAUGGUGAUUUCCUAAAAUUUAGCCUCAAAUCUACUCUUACCUUCGAAGAUAUUGAAUAUCGCCUUGUAACGGACAAAGGGGAAGUCAAACUGUUGAAUGGCAUCAGUGGAUCUGUCAAGUCUGGCGAAAUAAUGGCACUUAUGGGUGGUUCCGGCGCCGGAAAAACCACACUACUGGACAUAUUGGCUAUGAAAGAUAAAGCGGGUAAAGUAACAGGAUCAGUGAAGGUGAACGGAUGCGAAUUGACAAAGCAAAAACUUUCGAAGAUAAUUGGAUUUGUGGAUCAGGAAGAUUAUUUGCUGCCAACAUUGACAGUGUAUGAGACCGUACUAAACAGUGCACUUUUGCGUCUUCCGAGAAACCUAAGUUUUGCCGCUAAGCAAAAGAGAGUAUAUCAGGUUCUUGAAGAACUUCGGAUCAUCGACAUUAAAGAUCGGAUCAUAGGGGAUGACUUUGAAAGAGGAAUAAGUGGUGGUGAAAAAAGAAGAGUUUCAAUUGCUUGUGAGCUUGUCACAUCACCAUCGAUAUUAUUUCUUGACGAACCUACUUCAGGUCUUGACUCCAAUAACGCGAACAACGUGAUUGAAUGUUUGGUGCGCCUGGCCCUGCACUACAAUAGAACAUUGGUUUUGUCGAUUCAUCAACCAAGAUCGAACAUUUUUAAAUCAUUUGACAAGCUUGUUUUGUUAAGUCAGGGUGAACUGGUUUAUUCUGGCGUCGCGACAGAAGUGAGUGAGUUUCUACAGAAUAACGGUUACGAAUGCCCAUCGGACUACAACAUUGCCGAUUACUUGAUCGACAUCACUUUUGAAGCCAAGAAGACGUACACAAAAAUAUCAGCUACACCGGAUGACAUAGAGUCGAAUAUACAUAACGGUGAAGGGCGAGACUUUUCGACUGUUGCUGACUCCAGAAAGGACUCUGUAACAGCCACUCAGCGCGAGUGGGAACAUUAUGCCGUUCACCGGGAUGAGCUUCGAUCAUUGCUGGACCGUCCCGAAAAUAUGCAAGGAGGCGGAUUAGGAAUGCUGAAUACAAAAGUUUUGCAUUCCAAAUUUAAGGAAAGUCAGUACUUCGCUGGACUUAUCCAAGACAUCGAGACCAUCAAGAGCUUAGCAGCAGAGGAUUCAAUUGAAACGCACAACCCUGCGAAACCGGCUACGUUUAGGACUCAACUUAUAAUCCUGUCCUCGAGAACAUUCAAGAAUAUUUACAGAAAUCCAAAAUUGCUGCUUGGUAACUACCUGGUUACUCUCAUGCUGGCCUGCUUUUUGGGUUUACUGUAUUACGACGUGGAAAACAACAUUAGUGGAUUUCAAAAUCGUCUGGGUUUAUUCUUCUUCAUUUUGACUUACUUUGGAUUUCUAACCUUCACGGGUUUGACAUCGUUCUCAUUAGAACGAAUCAUCUUCUUGAAAGAACGGUCGAAUAACUACUAUUCUCCUAUGGCUUACUACAUCAGUAAGAUCAUAAGCGAUGUUUUACCUCUGAGAGUGUUACCUCCCGUGAUACUAGCACUGGUGGUGUAUCCCACCGUAGGGCUUAACAUGACGGACGCGGCUUUUUUUAAAUUCGUUGGAAUCAUGAUACUGUUCAACGUCGGUAUUGCUUUGGAAAUUCUGACCGUGGGAAUUUUCGUGGAAGACCUCAACAAUUCCAUUGUCGUCAGCGUUCUAAUUUUACUGGCUUCACUGCUGUUCAGUGGCCUUUUCAUCAAUACUAAGGACAUCAGUAACAUGGCCUUCAAAUACCUGAAGAAUUUCUCGAUUUUCUACUAUGCGUACGAAUCCCUGAUUAUCAAUGAGGUCAAAACUCUCAUCCUUAAAGAAACAAAGUAUGGGCUCAACAUCGAGGUUCCCGGCGCUACUAUUUUGAGCACUUUUGGAUUCCUCGUUCAAAACUUUUUGUUCGACGUCAAGCUGCUGAUUGUUUUCAACAUUCUCUUCUUGAUCCUAGGGUACAUUGGACUCGAGCUGAUUGUUGUCGAGCAGAAGUGA